AUGUCUUCUCUGUCUUAUAUCAACGAAAAAGGCGCUUUUGUCUUGGGAAAUAUUGUCAAAUGUUCCGGGCAAGGAGGUUGGGACCAGACCGGUGCUCUGGAUGCUGACAAUAUUCCCGGUCAAGUCGAUCUAGCAUUUCAAAAUGUGGACAGGGUGCUGCAAGCCGCGGGUCUUCGCGGCUGGGAAGACGUUUAUUCAAUCCGCAGCUACCACGUCAAUAUCGACUCCUCAUUUGAUCUUACCGUCAAGAAGCUUAAGGAGCGUAUUCCGGGUCAUCGACCUAUUUGGACCGCUAUCGCUGUGCCCCAACUAGCAUUCUCGGCGAUGAGAAUUGAGAUUGAAGUGGAGGCGAUCAAACAAACUUAA